GCCUCCUCUGUUGCGCGCCGCCGCCGCCGCGCCUCAGCUCCUAGAAGCGGUUGCAGGUGCAGGCGCCGUCGGUCCGUCUGUCAAGCCCGUCGUAAGAUGCGCUCUCACCUUCUCCUGCUGCUGUCCUGUGCGCUGGUGCUGUUCCACGGCGAAGGGCAGCCGGUAGAGGUCAGCGAGCUGCUCCGGGCACUGGACAAGGCGGUUGGCUUCUUUCAAAGAGAGUUUCGGCAGAUCAACCUGGACGGGGUCGUCGGUUUUGGCAUCCUAAAUGGCAAGUGCUCGGUCCGAAUCGAUGGGUUUCUUUCACGUGCCUUAAAUGCUGAAUGGGGCGGGCUGGGGUCAGUGAAUCCAAACGUCUCCUUCCCCACUCAGUGGUUUUAUCACCUUUUCUGUAUUAGGAAUUGUCAGGUUCGGCAGAUCUGCAGGUCUUUCCCUAAUUUAUCUCCUGGUCUCGCUCCGUCUACAGCCGAGUUGGGUGAGGCCUUACGGCGGUGGCCUCCCGCAGAUCAUUCGAUGGAUGCCAACAGUGCAGGCCACGUCUCCAAAGUGAGGAAGAUGAUGCAGAGACUGGACGGUACCCUCCAGCAGGCAUCCUACACCCUACAGGAGAGCGAUCCAUCUUACUUCAGAGAAUUUGAGCCCAUUCUAGACAGCGGCUUUUGGAGCCUCCCCAAAAUGUGGAACACGACCAGCCCACGUCUGGUCUACCCGGCCUUCCAGGAGGUGGCGUGCUUCAGCGAGCAGCUCAGUGACAAGUGCAUCGCCCUCCUGCUUGGAACCUGGAAAGACAAUGGAACUCCGUGCAUUGUCACUAACUCAUGCAGAAACCUGAUGACGAGGUUUGGAUGUGCCGAUUAUUCCCUCUCUCAUCAGCUGCUCUACUUUAUGAUUGGACAAAUGAAAGGCUGUUCAAACAUCCUGCAAGGAGAGCGCAGAGGGUCUCGCAUCAACAUGACUGGACGCGAAUACGAAAGGAUCUUCUGCUCUAACAUGAUGAAACGCAACGUGGCCUUCGAAAAUAGUGGAUUUCCAGUCGAGACGCACGACAUCUUUAUGGAGAACAUAAUGCUGUGUGGGAUGGCAGGCUAUUCUGAUUUCUACAAGUCCAGCUGGCUAAGGCAAAUCCUUGCAUGGCAGGACACUGAAGAGGGCUGUUUUGGAAGACACGAAGGGCUGGCCAAGUCUCGUAUGCAGGAAAGGAAGGUUUUGGAGAUUAUGGAGCUUCAUAAGAGAGUGAAGAGAAGAGAAAAAACAUUGCAUGAUGGUUGUUCGAGUCACAUGACAGCAGUGGCGGUAAGUGCACUAGGAGGGUACCUGGACUACUACCAGACAGAACAGGACGUCACAAAGAGGCCACUGGCAUAGCUCACAGAUGAUGGUUCCUGAUUUGAAGACAUUUUGGGAGGGUGUGUUGUAUUCCAAUAAAAUUAAAAAGAAAAAGCACUUCAGAAUGA